UUUACAAACUCGAUUUUCCUGUAUAUAUUUUUGCACUCUUACAAUGUCAUAAUACAAUUUUUUAUGUAUACAUAGUUUUAUUUUAUUAAAUUUACUAACUGUGGAUCAAUUAUUUUGAGACGUUUUGUUGUAUAAUUAUUUAGAAUAAGUGUUGUACUAUAUUCCACUUUUAUAAGCUAUUUUAGGAAUUUAAUUAAAUAAAUAAACAAUCAUAAACCUUAUCGGCUAUCGAUAAAUGUUUUAAAAUUGUAAGUAUAUCACAGUUCUUCUGAAAUUAAUUUAUAUUAUAUUCUCAAAACUAAUUUGGGUGUCUUUACAUUUUCAGGAUUGGAAACGAAAUGAAAAUAAGAGAAAUUAGGUGAAAAAUACUAGCGCGUGACUGAGCUUGCUUAAGAAUGGCUGAAGAGAAGAAAAAGGAUGCAAGUGCGUUGCUGGCCAAAAAGAAAAAAGUGAAGCCACGCAAGUCGAGAGAUGCAGACUGCUGUAGCGUGAACUUCUUGAAGUGCGUCCUACAUAUCUUCAAUGUGGUGUUUCUGUUUGCAGGGGCCGGAGUGUUGGGCGUGGGGGCGUGGACCGUGACCUAUCGACAUCGAUACGUGUCUCUGCUACCGACGCCGACAUACCCGGCUAUAGCCUACCUGCUUAUCAUAGCCGGGGCUAUGGGCGUCCCCCUAUGCGCUCUAGGCUGCUGCGGCCUCAAGACUGAGAACAGAACCAGUUUGUUAUGCUACACAUAUUUCCUGCUGAUAACGUUCCUGCUAGAGGUGGGUGCCGGCGGGCUGGCGUACUAUUACGAGGUUGCUGUGGAGGACGAGCUACGCGCCGAGUUGAAUAACACCUUCCUAUCCAACUACGCACUUGAUACCACCGUCACUAACGCUGUCGAUAAAAUGCAGACUGAGUUCAAGUGUUGCGGGGCAGUGCGUUACUCGGACUGGCGCCACAGCCCGUGGCACGAGCACGACCCGCGCCUGCUGGUGCCCGACUCCUGCUGCAAGACUCCCUCCAACCGCUGCGGCGCCAGGGACCAUCCCUCCAACAUAUACUAUCAUGGUUGCAUACGACAGUUCACGAACCACAUACGGGACCACCUGAUCAUAUUGGCAGCGGUGGGGGUGGGGAUGGCAGUGAUCCCUAUAUUCGGGUUCCUGUUCUCGUGCGUGCUUAAACUAAUCCAUCCAGACUUAGGAUCUAUUGAUGAUGUGUUGGAUAUUAUUAAAAAAGUAUCUACGGAAGCCCCAGGCUUAGGACCUAUCGAUGAUGUACUAGACGUUAUUAAGAAGGUGUCUACGGAGCUUCCUCAAGCUUCGGAACCUCAAAAACCACCAUCUACUGCAACCCCACUCGGAAGGUUAUGGCCAGAAACUACAGACUUACCCUUCUUGCAUCCAUCAACCAAAUUCAACUUCGACAAUCCAGCCGACUCCAUGUUUAAAAAGAUUUUUAGUGGCAUGCAGAAAAUUUUCUCGUCAAAUUUCUUUCCAUUUAUGGGUUUGAAAACAGAUGGGGAAAAUGGUUUGACGUUGCCCAAUAUGAAUCAAGAUAUGUUCCGGUCGUUUCAACCUUACGGUGUGUCGAUCAAGAAGCGACCUCCGAUACAAAACCAAGGUAAACCGAGUGUCCACAGUGGAACGAGUUUUUCGAAGUCGCCUGUGAAUAACAAACAUAUUUAUGACCAAGGUAUCGCGUCAAUACUUCACGGAACAACCACCCAGCGACCUAAAAAGCACUCUAAAUCAUCAAAUAAUGAAAACAAUGAACAAGAUUACGAAUACGAUAUAGAUCCUCGCAAAGAUAAAGAUAAUAAAAUAACCAUAUAA